AUGCGAAAGGUAGCAGGUUCACCGUCCUCUGCUGGAGCGGUGGCGGUGAAAUCCACGCUACACGAUGCAAAAAACGCGGUUGGUUGGGGAAAGUAUCACUGGGUACUCUUCUUAAUCACAGGGUUCUGCCUCAUGGCUGAAUCCGUAGAGGUGAACCUGUUAGCUUUCAUGACCAUCGAUGCUGCUAAGGAGUGGCAUUUGAAUCCAGUUCAAGCGAGCUCUAUUGCAGCUUCUGUCUUUGCGGGAGAAAUUGCUGGUUGCUCUGCGUUUGGACUAUUCGGCGAUAGAUUUGGUAGGAAGCCUGCUUUCAUCUUAUCGAUCGCGUUGAUUGCGGGUUUCGGAGUUGCUUCUUCCUUUUCGCCAAACGUGUACGUCCUCGUCUGCAUGCGCUUCUUAGUCGGCGUUGGUAUCGGAGGUUUUUCAGUGCCUUACGAUUUGCUCGCGGAGAUUUGUCCAGAUAAAAUUCGUGGGCAGGUGUUGAUGUCAAUUUGGGUGUGGUUCGCUAUUGGCGGUAUCUUAAUUACUGAGCUAGCUUAUUUUGUUCUCGAUUCGCGAGGUUGGCGGUAUCUAACUCUGCUAGCAUCUGUACCACCAGUUCUUUCGCUAUUAUUUCUUGGGUUUCUCGACGAGUCUCCUUCCUGGCUACUCGCUAAAGGUAGAACAGAAGAAGCGGAGGCUAUUAUGGAUAAGAUUGCCAGUACAAACAAAUUAGAGAUGAAAUCAUUCAAGUUGGAAGAUGAAGAAGAACAUCACGCGAGCGUGAAAGAUUUAUUCAAGCCAAAAUAUCUUCUUGCAACGGUUUGCGUUUGGCUUACUUCUUUUGCGCAAACGUUUUGUUAUUACGGAAUAAUCUUAUUUCUUCCAAGAGUAUUGCACGUACCAAAGUCUGAAAUGUUUCCGUUCAAAGAACUUAUAUAUUCGUGUCUGGGAGAGAUUGGUGGAACCAUUAUAGGAGUUUUCAUGGUUGAAUAUAUGCCUCGUGGAAAGGUUUGCACGGUUUCAUUUAUUGUAUUUGGUGUAGCGCUGCCACUUCUAGUUGAACCAAAUGUACCAUUACCUUUAGUAUUUGCUAUGAUUGCCCGGGCGGCUGCGCCAAUAUCUGGAUCAGCGUCAUGGCUCCUUAGUGCAGAGGCAUAUCCAGUAGAGAUUCGCGCAACGGGACACUCUUACGGUAACAUGAUUGCACGUCUAGGUGCAUUUAUAACGACGUAUUGGGGAGGUGCUCAGCUGUCAGCCAGUACUUUAGCUUAUGGUUACACGGCUAUAUCUAUAGUUGGAGCUCUAGGGGGUUGGUUCAAUCCCAAAGCUGCCAUGUUAUUGGAAUAG